AAGGCAGCUAGUCAGAAUUCUCCCUCUGAUAGUCAUCCUGUACCCUCCCAAAAUGACCUUGUUGGAGGAAACUCAGAGAACUUUUUGGGAAACAGUCUUGAGUCUCAGACAUUGAGUAAGGAGGAACUGCUCAACCAGUUAAUGAGUGGAGGGGGCACGUCCAAAAUCCCAGCUGACGACUCAGAGACCUUGAAUGAGCUCUCACCUGACAUAACGUUGUCCCACGAGACACACUGGGAGCAUCAUGAACGGAGGCCCUCUGUUUCCCCCCCUCUGAACCUCUUGCCACCUCCAGAUGACUAUUUGUUCCAGGGUGAUCUCUUUGAAGCUGAGCUGAACAAGCGGUUGGCAUCCCUCAUCCCAAAUGCACCAGUGAGGAAUCUCAUCUCCCAUGUGAUUCGUAUCCUGAAAAUGGAUUGCACAGAACCCACCAUUCAGAUGGCUUGUGCUAAGCUGAUUUCCAGGACAGGCCUCCUUAUGAAACUCUUCAGUGAGAGAGAAAACCUGCAGGAGACCUCCUCUCUGUGGAAGUCAUACUUUUGGUCUGCCAAGAAUGUAGCCAACAUGACCACAGUGAGCCCAAGGAAAAUAGGGAAGCCUUCUGACGAGAUAGCAAGGCAGGGAAUUCCAGAAUACGGGUACGGCAACAAGCUGUUGUUGGCUAUUUCGGUGACAGCAGUGAUAAUGAUUAUCAUUGCAGUCAUUUGUCUGAUUGAGAUCUGCUCUCAGCGUUCUGCAGCUAAAUCAAGGGAAGGCACCCCUCAAGAAAAACGGACUUUUCUGGGCAGAAAGAAGAAAGGCGCACCAGAAAAGCAGACUUCUGCAGCUUCUUCGCUUGAUAAGCCUCUUUGGCUCAAAGACAUGUAUCAGCCUCUGGAUGAAAUACGGAAAAAGAAUAUGGUUGAUAAGUUGCACGAUGAAGAGUCCUCAGAAGAGGAUGAUAUAUUCAACUGGGCCAAUGCAAGACCACCAGAGGUACCUGAACCCCCAUUGGAAAAGCCCAGUUCAGUAAAAUUAGAACCAGCUCCAGAGCCCCCUGCUAAAAAGGCCAGUUCAAAGAAACUAGCUCCAGUGGUAGAGAAGGCAGAGACGACUACUGCAGAGUCCAGUCCAAAGAUAGAGUCUUCAGGUGCAGAAGAAGAGGAAGGAACUGAAGGUGCUUCAAAGAAACCUAGUUCGGGGGAAGAAGGGACAGAAGAGGAUGAAUAA